ACCGUUUCGCCGCCGAGCUGUUCAGUACGCCACAGGACACCAGAACAUCGGCACGUCGCCGCCCUCGUUCAACGCCAGAACGCCACCAACAAGCACCGUCCCACCGUCACAUCACAUCCCAGUCCUCGCCCUCACCCCCACCCGGCACCACCGACUCCAACGCCACCGCCGCCGCCGUAAUCACUGACUCUGUGAUACGAUUCAGUCAAACACACCGCCACGACAACAUACUCCACCACCAUCAAUCGCGACCGGAGGCUCCCCGGCGACGUGUCAACAUUGAAUCAUCACACAAACACCGGAGAUGGACCUGAUGAAAAUCAGCGUCGUAUUGUACAUCUCACUCAUAUUAGUACUCAAUAAGUAUUCGGAUUGUACGACUCAUCCUAGGGUCAAAAUGUAUGGUCCUAAAGUAACAGUCAUAGAUCGUCGGAAACCUGAUCCGAAAAUUGGACAAGACGUAAUUAAUGAGGUAAAAAUUAUUUCCCAACCGGAAGAUUUUUUGGACGAACCCAGCUGCCUUGAAUUGCGUCUAAUGUGGCGCACUUAUCAGCGGCAAAAUCAAUUGACACAAUCAGCUAGCAGUUUACCGCUGACUUUCGAUCCGUUUGCAUUUAAUACAUGGGAAGAUUACAUUAAGCCGAGAUACAUAAACAGACAAAAAUCAAUGAUGUUUGAACGAACCAUACCAGACAGGUUUCAUAUUUACAGGCAACUUAGACCGUUUGAAAAAAUCGCUAGGCUGACCACUACAACGAGGGCUAUCAUGGAUGAUCAGUUGACGAGAAAAGCAAAUUUAUUUCGUCUGGGUUAUCAUCCCUUGACUAAAAUACCUGUUAUCGCCAUGCGCCUGACAGCCAAAGAUAGAUUCCAAGAGUUAAAAGAACUGAUGCGUCACGAGAAGACAAACAAUUACCAAGCGGGAGACAGUGAUGAUGAUCCGUUUUCCAUCGUACCGAUCACCGCGGCGGCGGUCACUUCCAACGGCACUGCGGGUAAAAAACGACCUGGCUACGAGUCAUUGAUGUCACGACCCAGACACUUUUCACAAGGGCACUAUAUGAACAUGAAACCAAACGGCGAACAUAUCGACAAUACUGUGACAGUUACACCGCAGUAUAAAUCUUCGCCGCUUAUCAAACCAUGGAAUUCUAGAUGGUAAAUGUCAUAAAGGCAAUAUUGCGUCAACAGUAAAGCCCAGAAUACCUAUAGGUACACAAUAUUAUGUUCAUAUAUAUUCAAAGCAAAUCCUACGUCCAUUCACAGAAACUAACCAUUUGUCUUCCUUCCGGCAAUGAAUUAUCUGAUCUGUUGCGCUUAUUCUUGUGUAUAAAUAAAACAAGAUUAAGGUAAGUAUAGACACUUAUUGUUCUUUUAUAUUGAUUAUAUUUUAAGCUAAUAACUAAUAUGUUUUUCCUAUCUUUUGUAAAUUAUUAAUAAUUUUGAAUGCCUGUUAAAGCUCUGUUUCUUAAUAAUAUAACAUUGUUACGUAUUAUGAACAUACACAUAAUCAAAUGGAAAUAGAAUAAUUAUUAGUUGAAUUGUUAUUAAAAACGUAGGUAAUACAAAUAUAACAGCAUCAUAUAAUAUAUAAAUAUUAUAGAGUUAAGAUAAUACUCUUACAUACACACAACUAUGACCAAUAUUUAAUUUUAAGAUAUAAAAGUGUAUAGGUACUUGCUUAGUUUUUAUUUUUCUGACGUUGAUGAUUAUUAUUAAAACUUAAAACUUAUUACCUGUGAACAAUUCUAAGGUCCUUCAUGAAUUAUUUGGUUAAACAUUUAAUUUUUAAUUAAAUUUCAAAACAGAGAUGUGUUUAGUGUUCCGUUUUAAUCGUCCACAUUAGACUUUUACAAAUAGAAUGUUCGAGUAAAAUACUAAUAGUUGGUUCUUUGAGAUGAUUCCGCAUUCUUUCCUUUGUCAAUCUUGACUAAUCAUAAAAUAUAUAAUUAAAAUGAUUUGUUUGAUACUUUUACAAUUUAUUUUAUUAUAAAUAGAUAAAAAUGUUUAUAAGUAAUUUUGUAAAAUGAAGUCUGAAUAAAUAUCAACCAAGAAAAUAGUAUGUUAAAUAGGUAAUAUAAAAUACAAAGAUUCAUAAAUUCCAACUAAUUUAAGAAAUUACGAAAUUACUACGUUAAAAUCCAUAUUUAAAGAUUCUACAGGAAAAAUGAAUUGUCCAUAUAUUUCCAUAAUAUUUCAAAAGUUUAAAAAAUUUAAUCUCAAUGUUUUUAUUAAAAUAACAUUACAAUACAUAUAAACACCUCCGAAUCGUCUAAAUUUGUGAUUUAAAUAUUCCCCUAAACUAGUAACUAUAUAUAGAUACUUAAAUGUUUUUAAAACAAGUGAUGAAAAAUAUUAUUAAAUACUAAUUUCUCUCAAUAGUUUUAACAGUUUAAUCCUUCAAAUCGCAAUUAAGUAUAUGAUAUGCUUAUAUUUCCUGAAUAAAAUUGAAUAUAAUAAUUUGAAUCGGAUAAUCUAGUUUUUUUGUUUUUAGUUGCAUUUUAGUCAGCGCUAAUCCGGUAUUGGACAGUUAAAAUACAAAAAAUAUUAUUUUCUCACAGCCAAAUAAUAUCG